UUAGGAGGUCUACCAUUGCCUGCAAAGCAGAGAAGAGUACUUCUAUACUUUCUAGAGAGAGAAAGAACGACAACAACUACAAACUGCAAAGCUUUAGCUGGGAGGAUAAAGUAAAGAACAAAAACAAGGACAAGUUAAAAAACCAGACCACCCACUUUGUUCUACUCCUUCUCUCUCACAUUUCUUUGCUUCAAAUCUUGGACAGAGCUUUCUUUCACAGCUCUGGUACUCCUAGAAGAAAUUCUAACUACUUCUUGAGGGAGCUUUCAGUUUCAGCUGUCUCUUUGAUUUGGUUGCUGUUGUCUGUUUUUCUUGCAUAUGGGUGUGCUUUUGUUGAGAUAGCUUUCAUUUUGUGAAAUACAAGGGAAGAAUUGGAAAUCCCAGAUAGAAAUAACAAGGAAAAGAAAUGUCUUUCAAGAGCAGAGGAGACCAGCAGUCUUCUAAAAAUGUUAUAUCAAAAAAAUGGGCCCUGUUCUUUUGCUUAGCUUGCUUUUGUGCUGGAGUGUUCUUCAACAAUAGGAUGUGGACAGUUCCCGAGCCUAAAGGCAUCACUCGUACAACUACAAUGGAAGCUGAAAGUCUAAAGUUAGUUUCAGAGGGUUGCGGUGAUGAAAUUUUGCAUCAGAAAGAAGUGAAGCGUGACUCUAAGGAUAUUAUUGGGGAAGUUUAUAAAACUCACAAUGCCAUUCAGACAUUAGACAAAACUAUUUCAAAUUUAGAGAUGGAAUUAGCUGCUGCAAGGGCAGCACAGGAGUCCAUACUCAGUGGCUCUCCUUUGUCAGAGGACUUAAAGAGGACUGGGUCAUCUGGGAAAAGAAGAUAUUUGAUGGUUGUUGGAAUUAAUACAGCUUUUAGCAGCCGCAAAAGAAGAGAUUCAGUUCGCGCUACAUGGUUCCCACAAGGUGAAAAAAGGAAGAAACUGGAAGACGAGAAGGGUAUCAUUGUUCGCUUUGUCAUUGGUCAUAGUGCCACAUCAGGAGGCAUUUUGGACAGAGCCAUUGAAGCAGAGGACAGAAAGCAUGGAGAUUUCUUGAGACUGGACCAUGUUGAAGGGUAUCUUGAAUUGUCAGCCAAGACAAAGAUAUAUUUUGCAACUGCUGUUGCUUUGUGGGAUGCAGAUUUCUAUGUCAAAGUUGAUGAUGAUGUCCAUGUAAAUAUAGCAACACUUGGAGAAACUCUAGUCAGACACCGAAAGAAACCACGAGUAUAUAUUGGAUGCAUGAAAUCUGGUCCUGUCCUUAAUCAAAAGGGUGUGAGGUACCAUGAACCCGAGUACUGGAAAUUUGGUGAGGCAGGGAAUAAGUACUUCCGGCAUGCUACUGGGCAGCUGUAUGCCAUUUCAAAAGAUUUGGCUACGUAUAUAUCAAUAAACCAACAUCUUCUGCACAAGUAUGCCAACGAGGAUGUUUCGCUGGGGUCGUGGUUUAUUGGACUUGAUGUGGAUCACAUUGAUGAUCGGAGGCUAUGUUGUGGCACUCCACCUGAUUGCGAGUGGAAGGCACAGGCUGGCAACAUCUGCGUUGCGUCAUUUGAUUGGAGCUGCAGUGGGAUUUGCAGAUCUGCUGAUAGGAUUAAGGAGGUCCAUCGGCGGUGUGGGGAAGGUGAGAAGGCUUUGUGGAGAGCAACAUUCUAGGUGAUAGUGCUCUUCCAACCUCAGGAAGAUGAUGCACUGAAGAAUCAGGUGUUUCGAGUCUUUUCUGUAUUUUUUUGUGAGUAUAGAAACCAUGUCAUAUUACGCCUAAUAGAGAGGGAGAGAAAAUGCAUGUACAUUCACGUCCUUGCUCACACGUGUGUGAGGGAGCAGAUACCCUACAUCGUGGACUUCUCCAUUUUAGCUAAGGAGAGAGACCGCAAAAGCGGCCAGAAGAGGCAAGACCACUAAACAAUUCUUUGAUACACAGGAAAGCCGAUUUGCAAGUUUACAAUUCGACGGGCAAUGAAGCUAACAAUAAACACAAGUCCUGGCAGUGGCUUUUCCAGCUCUCAUUCGAUUUUGAAAUGUUCUGUAUUCUGUUACCCAGAAUCCAUUGUAGAAACUCUGCUGUGUCGAUUAGCAAUGCCAAAAGUUGGUGGAUUUGAUUA